GGGCGCGGCUGCGCGGCGGGGCCGGGCCGGGAUGCGGCGCGGGCGCUGAGGCCCCGCGGGGAGCGGGCGGAGCAGGGACCGGCCCUUAUAAAUGGCGCCCAAGCAGGACCCCAAGCCCAAAUUCCAGGAGGGUGAGCGGGUGCUUUGUUUCCAUGGACCUCUCCUUUAUGAAGCAAAGUGUGUAAAGGUUGCCAUAAAGGACAAGCAAGUGAAAUACUUUAUCCAUUACAGUGGUUGGAAUAAAAACUGGGAUGAAUGGGUUCCAGAAAGCAGAGUGCUCAAAUACGUGGAUACCAACCUGCAGAAACAAAAAGAACUUCAAAAGGCCAACCAGGAACAAUAUGCAGAGGGGAAGAUGAGAGGAGCUGCUCCAGGCAAGAAAACUUCUGGUCUGCAGCAGAAGAAUGUUGAAGUGUUUUUCCGCCGGGAUGGAGCCCACACUGUUUGCUGUCUGGAGACCCCUGCCAUCUCCACACGGAAAACAAAAAAGAACAAGCAGAAAACUCCAGGCAUUGGAGAGGGGAGCAGCACCAGCGAGACUCCCCAGCCCCCGAGGAAGAAAAGGGCUCGAGUAGAUCCCACGGUGGAAAGCGAAGAAACAUUUAUGAACAGAGUUGAAGUAAAGGUGAAGAUCCCAGAAGAGCUGAAGCCAUGGCUGGUAGAUGACUGGGACCUGAUCACCAGGCAGAAGCAGCUCUUCUACCUUCCUGCCAAGAAGAAUGUUGACUCCAUUUUAGAGGAUUAUGCAAACUACAAAAAAUCCCGAGGAAAUACUGAUAACAAGGAAUACGCUGUCAACGAGGUGGUGGCUGGAAUUAAGGAGUAUUUCAACGUCAUGCUGGGAACUCAGCUGCUCUACAAGUUUGAGAGGCCCCAGUACGCCGAAAUCCUGGCGGAUCACCCCGAUGCUCCCAUGUCUCAGGUCUACGGUGCCCCACACCUCCUGAGGCUGUUUGUGCGGAUCGGGGCCAUGCUCGCCUACACGCCUCUGGACGAGAAGAGCCUGGCUUUGCUGCUGAACUACCUGCAUGACUUCCUAAAGUAUUUAGCAAAGAACUCCUCUGCGUUGUUCAGUGCCAGUGACUAUGAAGUGGCCCCUCCGGAGUACCACCGGAAAGCCGUGUAAUCCCAGUCUGGAUCCCUGUAACUGUCCACUUCUGCAUCCUGUCCUUCACCUCCCCACUGCACAGCUCCUGCACAGCCCUGGCAACAUGAGGUGAACAAAGUUGUGUGAGGUGGAGCUGGCGUGUAAAGUUGUGAGGAUUUCUCGUCCCCGCU